UGUCCCUCAUUGACGCUCUGUAGUUUUAGAGACAUUUCACUCCGCGCCUUAAAAUAAAAAAACAUUUCGCGGGAAUUAAAAUCAGAAAAAAACACAACACGCAGCAACUCAAACAAAACAGUGUCUAGAGAACUGUGAAAUAACAUUAGAUACAAAAAAAAUGAGUUUGUGGGUGGACAAAUACAGACCUACUUCUCUGGGGAAACUGGACUACCACAAAGAACAAGCAAAUCAGCUGAAAAACCUGGUCCAGUGUGGGGACUUCCCUCAUCUGUUGGUGUACGGACCGUCUGGAGCAGGGAAGAAGACUCGUAUCAUGUGUCUGCUGAGAGAACUGUACGGAGCAGGAGUGGAGAAACUACACAUAGAACACCAGUCCAUCACGGCUCCCUCUAAGAAGAAGAUUGAAAUCAACACCAUAGCCAGUAACUACCACCUGGAGGUCAACCCAAGUGAUGCUGGUAACAGUGACCGGGUGGUUAUCCAGGAACUGAUCAAGACUAUGGCCCAGUCUCAGCAGAUCCAGACCAGCACCCAGAGGGAGUUCAAAGUUGUCCUGUUGACAGAGGUGGACCGCCUCACUAAGGAUGCCCAGCAUGCAUUGCGUCGUACCAUGGAGAAGUACAUGUCCACCUGCCGCCUUAUCCUCUGCUGUAACUCCACCUCCAAAGUCAUUGGACCAAUCAGGAGCAGGUGUCUGGCCGUCAGGGUGCCCCUGCCCAGUACAGAGGAGGUGUGUAAUGUUCUGUCUACAGUGUGUAGGAAGGAGGGUCUGCUUCUCCCUGAGUUGGCCAAACAGAUAUCAGAGAAGUCUGGACGCAACCUCCGCAAAGCACUGCUGAUGUGUGAGGCCUGCAGAGUGCAACAGUACCCGUUCUCAGCAGACCAGGACAUCCCAGAGACCGACUGGGAGGUUUACCUGAGAGAGACGGCCAAUGCCAUCGUCAGUCAGCAGAGUCCUCAGAGGUUGUUAGAGGUGAGGGGGAGACUGUAUGAGUUGCUGACUCACUGCAUUCCUCCUGAGAUCAUCAUGAAGGGCCUGGUAACAGAGUUGCUAGGUAACUGUGUGGUGUGUUGUUAAGGUACUGUGUCUGUGUGUAGGGCCUGGUAACAGAGGCAGCAGGGCAAUAAGGCCAUCUACCAUCUAGAGGCCUUCACCGCCAGGUUCAUGGCCAUCUACAAGAAGUUCAUGGAGGACGGACUGGACGCCAUGAUGUUCUGAUCUAGCUCUUCUUCUCGCUCUCUUUCUCCUCAUCUCUCUCCUUCUCGCUCUCUUUCUCCUCAUCUCUCUCCUUCUCGCUCUCUUUCUCCUCAUCUCUCUCUUUCUCUCUCUCUCCUUCUCGCUCUCUU